GCGAGCGGCUUGGGCGCUGCGGCGGCGGCGGCGGCGGCUGCGCAGGGCGCUGGGCUCGGCCUCGGCGGCGGACGGGCACCUGCUGCCGCCCUCGCCCGCAGCCGGCAGCGGCACCAGCGCUUUGUCCGGGGCUGAGCGGCCGCGCCCGGCCCCGCUGGCGCCCGGCCCGGCCCAGCGCAGCCCAGCGACCGGCGGCUCUCGGGGCGUCGUCUGGCUCCGGCGGCCUGGGCACCGCGGGGAGCGUGGAUGAGAGUUUGCUCCGAUUUACGAGCAGGAGACUCCAACCGUCAUGUUAAGGUAAAGCAGAAAAGUGCAGUGCUGAACAUGCUAAAGAAGUUGGACAAAAUAAGGUUCAGAGGUCACAAGAGAGAUGAGUUCCUUGAUUUAGCAGAGUCUCCAAAUGCUUCAGACACUGAAUGUGGAGAUGAAAUACCAGUGAAAAUACCUCGAACGUCAACUCGAGACAAUGAAGAGCUGAGAGACCCUGCUGGUCCAGGGACCAUCAUCAUGGCUUCAGGAGUCCAGGAUUUUAACAGAACGGAAUCUGACAGACUGAAUGAGAUUAAAGGUCACCUGGAAAUAGCCUUACUGGAAAAACACUUUUUACAGGAGGAGCUCAGGAAGCUGAGAGAAGAAACGAAUGCUGAAACGUUAAGGCAGGAGCUAGAACGGGAACGGCAGAGGAGAUUAGAACUAGAACAAAAAGUCAAUGAAGUACUUAAAGCAAGGACAGAAGAGGUGCCUGCAGUUCAGCAACCUGCAAAGCCACAGACGCAAGCCAAUGGAACAGAUAAGCGUAGUCACACAGUCUGCUCGAGACUCCAGAAGUGGUUUUGUGACAAAUUUGGGGAGUAUGUUGAGGACUUCAGAUUUCAGCCAGAAGAGAAUACAGUAGAAACAGAAGAGCCACUUAGUGCUAGAAGGUUGACUGAAAAUAUGAGAAGAUUAAAGAGAGGUGCCAAACCUGUUACUAAUUUUGUGAAGAAUCUUUCUGCCUUAUCAGACUGGUAUUCUAUCUACACUUCUGCUAUUGCCUUUAUUAUUUACAUGAAUGCUGUAUGGCAUGGCUGGGCCAUUCCUAUGUUCUUAUUUUUAGCAAUUUUGAGGUUGUCCCUAAAUUACCUCAUAGCCAGGGGUUGGAGAAUACAGUGGAGCAUUGUGCCUGAAGUUUCUGAACCCAUGGAACCCCCAAAAGAGGACCUGACGGUGUCUGAAAAGUUUCAGCUUGUUCUAGAUGUGGCUCAGAAGGCACAGAACCUUUUUGGCAAGAUGGCAGACAUACUGGAAAAAAUUAAAAACUUGUUCAUGUGGGUCCAGCCAGAAAUAACACAGAAGCUCUACAUAACUCUAUGGGCAGCUUUUAUUGCAUCCUGCUUUUUGCCCUAUAGGAUUAUUGGGCUUGCAAUGGGACUCUAUGCUGGAAUCAAGUUUUUCCUUAUUGAUUUUAUCUUCAAACGAUGCCCCAGACUAAGAGCUAAGUAUGAUACUCCUUAUAUCAUCUGGACAAGUCUCCCGACAGAUCCUCAGCUCAAAGAAAGAUCUAAUGCUACAGUGUCGAGACGGCUGUCAGGGCAUGAAAAGCUUCAAACAGCAGCAUCCAGAAGUUACGUGGGCUCAAGCGCACCAACUGGAAUAAGCAAAGAUGAAGACACAAGUCGUUUUCAUACCACCAAGAGGGGGAAUUUCCAUGAAGUUUUUAACCUGUCAGAAAGCGAGCGUCCUUUGGCAGUGUGUGAAAAUGGCUGGCGCUGUUGCUUGAUUAACAGAGAUAGGAAGAUGCCUACAGACUACAUCAGGAACGGAGUUCUUUAUGUCACAGAAAAUUACUUGUGCUUUGAAAGCUCCAAAUCUGGCUCAUCUAAAAGAAAUAAAGUUAUAAAGCUAACGGAUAUAACGGAUAUUCAGAAGUAUAAAGUGCUCUCUGUUCUCCCGGGAUCAGGGAUGGGUAUUGCUGUAUCAACGCCAUCUACACAAAAACCUUUGGUGUUUGGUGCCAUGGUUCACAGAGAUGAAGCUUUUGAGACAAUUUUCAACCAAUAUGUAAAAAUAACCUCUGCAUCAUCGAGCAGCGAAAGCUAGUAUCUUAUCUUAGAAGAUCUAAAGGAAACUUUCUUAUUUUACAACUUGGUAGUGAAAAAAAUGAACAUCCUCAUCUAUUUUGCAAUAAUUUUUCUUGUCUGGUGGUUUAUAUUCUAUAUGUUACAUAAAUCAAGUGUAUUUUAUAUAUGCCUUCAUGUUUGUUUUUAAGGUUUUUGUAAAAAAAAGAAACAAAAAAAACAAAAUGAAACAAAACAGUGAAAGUGCUAUCAUCACUAUUAGCCUUGCACAUUAAGCACUUUUAAUGUUUAUUUACUGACAUUAAAAGCUGGGAAGAUACUUGGAGAAGUCAGUAACAAGUGAAACAGAUUGAUCCCUUUAACUCCGCUGAUAUCACUAGGGAUACAUUUGACCCUUUAUCUUAGUUAUUUUUCCUGAGAAGUGAGAAAGAUGACUGCAGCAGCCUAAAGUCUCUUUCUUCAGCUCAGAGUUUUUAAUUGGGUUCUUUAUGAAAACUGGUAGCAUGGAAAUAUUAUCAUCUUAAUAUUUCCAUAUUUAUAACUGCACUUAACUCCUUCUUGCUAAUUCUUCCAUUGCAGAAGGAUAUUUUACCAGUUUGGUUAGGUUCAAUUUUUCCUGCAUAGAUGUUUAAAUUGCUUGUACAGUGAAUUGGACAAGAAAGUUUGUAACUAUAUCUUCCUUUCCUAAUUAACCAAAGUAAGAGGAAGGAAGGCAGGCAGAUACUUUUUAUAAAAGAGGGCACCAAAAUGUUGUUCCUAAAAUGUUAGGCAUCGUAUAUUUGUAUUUCUGUAGAUACUUGUCAUAGAAGGGCUCAAUUACUGUACAUGUUGUAUGUACAAGGUGUUUGUAUGUUAAUGCAUUAAAGACUUGCAGGCUUUUUGUGUUGGGGGAGGUGGGAAUAAUUAAACUAAACUGAGAUAUGACCUCUUUUUUUUAAUUUUAUUUUGGCUUUUCUCUUGAGUUACCUUGUAAUAAAAUAACACUAUAAUAUAGCAGCUGAAAGCACUAGUUCCUUUUCAAAUCGUAAUUUGAGGGGCAUUGGUAUGUUGCUGUCUUUCCCCUUGUAAAAUUAAAUUUUAGUAACAAUUAAACCCAACUGCCAGGUAAAAUAGGAAGGCUGUGCUCCUUCUCUAAACUCUCUCAGGCAUUUCUAGCAGCAAAGCACAUAUUGACCUUUGUCUUUAAUAUUAGAAAGCUUUUAUACUCUAUAUAAUAGCACCCAUCUGAGAGGUUUAGUAUUUUAUUUGCAUUUUCAUGAAAGCACAGUAGGAGUUACGCCAAGCCUUCCAGUAUGUCUUUUCUUUUGCUAUGUCUUUUCAGCUGGGUAGUAUAGAUGUCUCCAGACAUUAUAUGAAUGUCCCCCAAAAAAGCAAUGGAGAUGCAAAUUCUUACAUAAAAAUGGGACUUAAUUUAAUGGAUUUUUCUUCUCUUUUUCUUUUUUUUAUUUAAACAAUAAUUUUCUUUCUUUAUAAGGAAAGGGGUAAAAUGAAGGAGGGAGAGGGGUGACAAACACCAAAGGGUGUUUAACUCUUAGCACAGUUUUUAAUUAAAGUCUCUCAACAAAUGCAACAGUAAUGAAGAAGAUGGCAGUCAAACUGUACAAACUUUAUUUCAGUCUGGCCAUGAAGAGGGAUGAUACAAAGAACUUACUAUGAACUUGACAUGAAGAAAUACUGUUGAAUACUGUGAUUUGGUUGGGUAUUAUAAAGUGAAACACUGAUGGGGUAAAACUCUGUGGCCUGGAUGGAAAUGUGAACAGAAUGUGGGAGAAUCCACCCUAAUGGCUAAAUUGCUAUUUUUGACUUCUCCCUUUAGAGUAGUCGUUACACAUGUCUUUAUGUGACCUGAAAAAGGGGUGCUCUUCUAACACCUCCUUAGGUAUGGUGUAACUCAGGGCCUGAAAAUUUAAAGUAUAAGUGAAGCUGGUGGGAAAUCCAUUUUGCCACCAUCUAAUAUGGAUAUAGCUUGACAGUUUAUGGUUUCUUCACUUUACACAUGCAGGUUUUAUGUUUAAGUAAAAAUCCUUAAUCUUGAUUUUUUCUCAUCAAACCUACUUUAAAAUCGAUUGAUCUCUUUUUGUAAUUGCUGUGUAUUAUCAUUUGGCUUUCCUUUCUAGAAACUUCCUUGAAUAGUAAGUGUGGCUAACAAAUAGGCAUUAAAAUCGCUUAAUGUUAUAUAAAUCUUAAUCAGAUUAAUUAAUUUUGUCUUAAGAAAAAAUUUCUUGGGUGUGUUUAAGGUUAUGUUUUUUUUUGAAGAAACAGAAAACUAUAUUUUUUACAGAGAGCAUGCUCUUUUUCUUAUUUUUGUAUCAUUUUUCAAGUGUAAUUUAUACCUUCACUCUGAUCAUAACAGCAGUUUCAGUAGGAAAUUAGUUGACUUGCACUUAUUACCUCCUCUCCCUCCCACUCUUCACUGGUUGACCCUAGUAUAUAGGGUUGUCCUAGAUUCUGGUUCCUGGAGGAGCUAUAGGUCCUAUGCUGAUGGUGCCAGGACAAUUAACCAUACCUAGGCUUCGGAGAGGGAGAAAAGAAGUCAUUAUCCUUUUCCCAGACUGAAAUGCCUCAUAUACAAUAUGCUUUUAAAAUUUUUUUCUGAACAAAGAAAUUAGAAACUUCCUGUAAAAUCUGAUGUGUUGAUGUUUGAAAUCAAUCCGCACUUUAACAGUGUGAACCUAAAAAGUUUGCAAUUCUUAAAGCAGUAAACCUAGUGCAAACUGCAAUGCAACAUUGUUUCAUUCUAAUAUAUAGCAAACAGACUGGAUUUAUUUUUUUUUUUUAGAGUUGUAAUAUAACUGACAAACAUCUGUGUAAAUAUUUUGCAAAGUUCACUUUACAUUGGGCUGGCUAAGUUCUUGCUACAUAACUGCUCCUGUGGCAUAUGUGACUUCAGAGACACUGGGGGGUAACCUCGGUAUGUUUACUCGCGCUUUUCCUCCUGCUACACUCUCCCAGGUUUGGAAGGCAGGAGGGGAUGGACAGUGAGUGAACAUAGACUUGACUCCUAUAAUUACACUGAAGCUCUCACCUUAAAUUCCAAUCUUCCUACAUACGUUUUGCAGCAUAGCCUGCUGUACUUCAGUAACAGGCUGGAUUGUACCACUUAAUGUAAAGUGCUACUUUCUAAUAGCAGAAAGUGAUGUUCUCGUCAUUCUGUCUGUCGGCUGUUUAUAUUUGCAAUUCUGUUGAUGUCUGUGGUUCAUUGCUGGAUCAUUCACGUGUAAUUGUAUUUAACUUCUUUAGAAGUGCAUUGGUUAGUUUGAGUCCCUUUUAAAGAGGAAAAAAAAAAAAAAAGGGAGAUGAAAACUGACUGCUUUAAUUCUUUACUGGUGGCCAUUUAAAUUCAAAAGGCAAAAAAAGCUGAAAUAUGAAAUCAUGCCUUUCUGUGCACUGUAGCUUUUGUGAGGCAAGAUUGAAUGAAACAAGCUGUUUAUUAGUAGCAACAUCACACAGGACGCCAGCAGCAAAACCCUAGCCUUGUUUCUGCAGACAAAGAGAAAAGAGAUUUUACCCAAUCGUGAAGAGAUGAAAGGAUGUACUUUUUUUUGGCUACUUAAACUUGUAUGAAAAACACUGGUAGUUUUUAUUGAAUUCUGUACAUUUUGGCAGAUGUUUAAUUUCUACUAAUCAUUGAAAUAUAAUGGAUGUUAAAAUUUUUAUGUCUGAAGUUUGAGUCUAUAUUUUGAAGCUGUAAAUAAUUCAUUAUCAGUGUAACUUUUGUUUGACAAAAGACUUAUACUGUAUGAAGAAUUGAAAUAAUGAGAUGAUUUGCCCUGUACAUUUUUUAAGAAAAUCUUGUUUGUUUAAAAAGUCUUGUAUAAAUUAUAAUUUUUAUUUAAAUAAACCUAAAAAAGCUUUGUGCUAA